AUGGCCAAACAGAGCUGGGAACAAGCACAGGUAGCUGCCCAGCCAAGACCUCCAUCGCCGCCUGCCACGGCCCCUGGUACGACCACAGCUGCAGCGGAGGACAAGAUCGCCAAGACCUUGGCGCCGGGCCGUUGGCCUUGGUUCAAGAUUACCAAUCUCAACAGAUUGGUGGAGAAGACAGGAUAUUUCCCGUCCAAGAACUCCUGGGCACAGAGAACAUCAUCGCCCGGGUACUACAUGAACAUGAGGUCAGCAAGACCUACACACCGGUCCUCCUGGGUGAAAUUGUCUCCUCCAGGGACUUUCCAAGCCAACGGAGAGCCCAACCCGCUGGCCAAACGUGACCGCAGUGUCACGAAGCUGACCCUGACCGGGGAACAGCUGGUCGCAGCACCAGAAGAGCCAUGGCAGCCCCGCAGUGUGCUCGCCAUCAUCGAUGGGCUAUCGAGCAUCAGGUGGUGCUUCGUCCUUUGCAAACCGGGAUCAGAGCAGGCUGUCCACACCUUCUUCGACUGGCUGGUCAGACUGGUGAAGAAAGUCACGGCUGCAGCCACGGCAAAGCCAGAGGCCAAAGGCUCGGGCAAGAGCAACACCAAGUCCGGUAAGAGCAGCAGGGUGUCACCCUACUCCCGGCCUACUGGACGAUGGAUGUGGGAACCCAAUGACAAGUCCGAGAAAGCAUCGGGAUCAUGGCAAGGUCACUCCAAGUAUGAGGAGAAAUCGUCAUGGAAGAAAGUGGCCUCUGUGACGCCCGACAACACGGGCUAUCCACCGCCCGAAAAGCCACCCCAGACCGGCACAGCUCAGGUGUUUCAAAAACUGAAUGAGAAAGUGAUCUUGCUAAGCUGCUUUGAUGGUAUCGGAUCGGCAGCAGUGGCUCUGCGAGACCUGCUCGACUCUAUCUCCCUGCAUAUCACAUGGGAGGUUGACGAAGAGUGUUUGAAGGUUCAGGCAGCCAGGCACACAGACGCGAUGAUGAGGGGGGAUUUCCUCAAGGACGACCCGCUUGAGGUUGCCAAAAUCAUUCGUCAACAUGAUCCUCAGGGCACAUGCUUGGUGCUGUUCGCAUCGGCUCCACCUUACCCUGACUUCUCGAGGAUCAAAGAGAACCCACCAGGCUCCGAUGGAGCAGAGGGACAGAAGUUCACGGCCUACUGCGCCUUCAUCAACCAGGUCGAGAUGAACAUCCCACACAAACGGGUGGGCCAUCUGACAGAAAAUGUGGUGAUGCAAAAAUCAGAAGCUGACUUGUUUUCCAGCAGGCUGGACUGCGAGGCAGUUGUCGCCGAUGCCCAGGACUUUGGGCUCAUCAACAGACCUAGGACAAGGUGGUUGAAUGAUGGCAGAACCUUCGCCCCAUGGCAAUACGCCCCAGAAGCCCUACUACAUGCCGAGGACGGUAUGAUGUCAGUGCCCACUCCUGAGGUGAAAGAGCAGCUACACAUGCUACCGAGUGGGUACACGUCAGUGCCAGGGGUGACAGAAAGGGUCCGUCAUCGGAUGAUGGCGAAUGGAUGGCACUUGGGCACCGCAAGGUUUCUUAUGAUGCCGGUGUUGCAGACGAUGAUGAUGACACCAGUGGCGUCACCUGUCCCCUCACCGAGGCAGACAGCCCUGCAGACGAUGCUAUCAAUCAUCCAACCUAUGCAGCCGCAACUGGGCCCCGGCCGAUGGCCGAAAGAAGCUGCAUGCGUCGCGCAGGCGGGAUCUAUGUGGGAGCACUGGAGACUGGCGCAGGAAGCAGUCCAUCCGAUGCAGAGGCCUCCAAGGUUAGAACCGGGACUGCAACAAUGCAUCGAUCUCCAACACAGGCUGGGGGGCAGCUUGAAUCGGAUGCGAGAAGAGAUUGUAGAUGAGAUCGCGCAGAUGGCAGAAGCCCAACCAGAGGCCACCACGUCUUGGUGGCAAGCCCUACCUCAUCAUAUAGCCAUGGUGUACUAUGACAAGGAGCAUGCCCAGAUCUCCCAGAUCCCGUUGCUGAUCCAACUGCUGCAGAUGGUACAGAUGCCUGGCCUGGCAGAGUUGGCCGAAGAUCUACAACAGGGUUUCCAGGUGACCGGGGCUCUACACGAGGGAGCGGGAUGGCUUCCCAGGGCAGACGGCCGUUAUGAGUUUCCGGCAAAUCAAGAAGCAUUCCGACGACACAACAAGCACUACACGCUUGCCAAGCUCUGCAGCCGCGACCUGGAUCCUGAAUGGAAGACACUCCUGGAAGAGCUCAAGAUCGAAUUGGGCAAGGGCCGCAUGUCCGGACCAUACAGUGCUCCGACUUGGUGGCCGACUCCAGCAAUCAGCGUCGAGGAGAAACCUCUCCUUCCACUUCCAGAGCAGGACAUAUGCACGAGCUUCUGCUUCAGUGUCCUGCAGACUGACAAGGUGAGGAGAUGUGAGGACUUCAGGAG